GCUUUUGGUGAAGUCAGGCCCGAGCCCUGCUAGACUGUGGCCUGGGGGAGGUGAGAUGUGCCUGGGGAUAUUGCUGUGGCUCCAGGCAUUGACAGCCUAAACCUUUGCCUUCCAGGUCCCUCCCUCUCUCCCAGUCGCUCUGGUACUUCCUUCCAGUGUGGAAAUUGAUCGGUUGGAGUUAUGUGUUUGACCUGCAAGAGCCACGCUGCCAGUGCUUCGGGGAUCUUGUGAACUGGAACGGGAAAGGAGCCCGCCGGCAGGUGGAAUGGGGCAGCCAUGAACGGCGAUGCCCUGUGCCAGGAGCCCUCCUCCCCGCUCCCCGACUGGAGGGAGUUCUGCAAGCUGCACGCCCAGGCAGCCGCCGUGGACUUCGCCCAGAAGUUCUGCCAGUUCCUGAAGGAGAACCCCCACUACGACACCCCCGGGGCAGAGACCUCCUUCUCCCACCACUUCACCGCCAACUUCCUGGACAUCUUCAGCCUGGAGGUCAGCAGGGUGUUCGUGUCUGACUCGCCCACCAAGUACAACAUCGUGCCCUUCGUGGGGCUGCAGAACUGCCACGUCCCCUACGGGCGGGAGGUCACCCCCAGGAAGGAGGAGACCUCCACAGAGUCUCUGGACAGCAUGGACGCCCCUCUGGGCGCCAGCCGCUACCUGACCCCGGCCCAGCAGGUGCAGGCUCACAAAGUCUCCUCCUACGGGCAGUCCCGCAGCUCGGAGGAUGUCUCCAUCCACGCUGCUGCCAAGCCCAAGUUCAAGAAAGGUUUCUCCCUGAGGAACAUGAGCCUGUGCGUGGUGGAUGGCAUGAAGGAGAUGUGGCACCGCAAAUCCUCUCCGGAGCCGGGCGCCGAGGGAGCCUGGGGACCCUCGGGAGAAAUGGACACACAAACUGCGCCUGUCCAAGGUGCCCUCGUCCAAGGUGGAGCUGGUGGACAUCCAGAGGGAGGGGACGCUGCGCUACAUGGUGGCCGAUGACACGAACUGUGUGGGCAGCUCGCAGUGGCAGAAGUGCCGCCUCCUGCUGCGCAAAGCGGUGAAGGUGGAAGGGGAGAGGUUCCUCCUGGAGUUUUAUGUCCCUCCAAAGGCUUCCAAACCCAAGGUGAGCAUCCCGCUGUCGGCCAUCAUCGAGGUGCGCACCACCAUGCCCCUGGAGAUGCCUGACAAAGACAACACCUUUGUCCUAAAGGUGGAGAAUGGGGCCGAGUACAUCCUGGAGACCAUCGACUCCCUGCAGAAGCACUCGUGGGUGGCUGAUAUCCAGGACUGCAUCGACCCUGGGGACAGUGGGGACGACAUCGAGCUGGUGUCCUGUGCACAGGGACCCUGUCUGCCAGGCAGGACAACCUCGUCCAGCUGCGAGUUCCUGAAUGAUGAGGCACCCAGGCCACCAGACAGAUGUGCCCUGCCCAGCUCUCACAACGCUGCCAUGGCCACCUCUGUCCCUGUGCCCCCUGGCCGGGGCAGGGACUCCCUGGGGGAGCUCCUCACCCACGUCCCACUGGAAAACUUCCUGCAGACGCUGGAAUCCUCCCCCACUGCUGGUGGGCACCUCACAGGGGAGGACAGCGAGGCCGAGGCUGAGAUCAACCUGUCUGACUUCCCCUGGUUCCACGGGACCCUGUCCCGCAUCAAGGCAGCCCAGCUGGUGCUGUUUGGGGGCGCCCGCAGCCACGGGCUGUUCGUCAUCCGGCAGAGCGAGACACGGCCGGGCGAGUACGUGCUGACCUUCAACUUCCAGGGCAAAGCCAAGCACCUGCGGCUGUCGCUGAACGAGAGCGGGCAGUGCCACGUGCAGCACCUCUGGUUCCAGACCAUCUUCGACAUGCUGCGCCACUUCCACACGCACCCCAUCCCGCUGGAGUCGGGCGGCGCCGCCGACAUCACCCUGCGCAGCUACGUGGUGGCACAGAGCCCGCAGCCAGGUGGGUGCCAGGCUGCUGGGGACUGGGGGAUUGUCCCUAAAAAAGGGACAGGUCCAUGGGAUUUCCUCCCUAAAGCAGCGCCCUGCUGAUGUGUGUGGCUCUGG